AGAAGAGUUGUGAAAACAGCCAGCCCGAGAAGGGGAGUCCUGCAGUUGCGGAUGCAGCCACAGGCCACUCAGAUCAGUCAGGGGGAGAGAGGGUGUGUGUGUCAGCGCAAGGCAAAGGGGGAAAGUGUGUCAGGACCAGAGGCUCCGAAGGACGUCACGCACGCACUCCCAGAGAGAGGGGGAAACACGCUGUCACAGGAAGGUGUCUUUCCUCACGCGCUCGGGACGGUGGAAGAGUGUCUGCAGCCUCUGACAGCAGUGAGUAUUCCAAGUAUUCCAGCGGUGGACGCCGUGAGACAAUGAUGUGCUGUUAGCCUGCAGAACUGGAUGUUUCUCAAAAGUGACAGAGAUUCCCAGGUCUAACUUUACUCCCUGAGAGGGGCGUUUGAAAAUUCCCUCAACAAGGAACAAGACUCGUCGUAAGACUUUGUCGAAGAGUGCGUGAAGUGUUUUUCUGCAUCACCAAUGGAUCAGCCAGCCAGCAGCUGCAUGCGGAGCGCCCACCCCGGCAGCCCCAUCUGGGGCUGCAUGAGGAACCCUCACUCAGGGGUGCCGGGAGCCAAUCUGCAGUCGCCCUACCAGCAGGGCCCGUUCUCCCUGCACCAGAAGCCCGAGUUCCUGGCCUACACGGACUUCUCCGGCUCCUGCCUGGUGCCGACCGCGCCGCACGCCGCCUACCCCCGCGACGACAGACUGUACCAGGAGAGCCAGGGGGGCUACCAGAGAGCCGACUGGCAGUUCAACCCCUGUGAGACGCGGGUGAGGGCGCCCGAGGCCUGCCCGCCCGUCGCCACGCCUGCGGUGGUGGGCGGCGGUGGGAGCGGAGGGCCCGAGCUGGACAGUGUAGGGGGAGACAGGCUGCCAGGAGCUGUGCCCGGGUGCCUGGAGGGAGAGUACUCACCCCAGAGCGUGGCGUCGGCCGACUCGGACAAGAAGAGCUCCAACAAGAGGAAGAGAGAUGUCUCAGAUAUCCAGGAGUCCAGUUUUAAGGUGGACUCCAGCUGCAAGGCCCGGAAAGAGCGCACGGCGUUCACCAAGGAGCAGCUGAGGGAGCUGGAGGCCGAGUUCACCCACCACAACUACCUGACCAGGCUCCGCCGCUACGAGAUCGCCGUCAACCUGGACCUCACCGAGAGACAGGUGAAAGUGUGGUUCCAGAACCGGAGGAUGAAGUGGAAGAGGGUGAAAGGAGGACAGUCGGCCUCCCCGAACGACCUGGAGAACGACGACAUAGACUCCGCCGCCUCGCCCAGCUCUGAAUGAACGAGGCGUUACGGAGAAAAGAAGAAAGACGGAAAGGAGAAUCGCCGUGUGACACACAGAGAGAGGGAGAGAGAGAGAGAGAGAGAGAGAGAGAGAGAGAGAGAGAGACACUGGGGUCAACUGGACACAGACAGCAGCACAAUGCAACUUUGUUUUCUUUUUCUCUUUUUUUCAGAAAGCUGCAAGAAUCAAAUAAACCUAGAGACUCUCUUUGUUUUUAAUUAUUGUAAUUAUUAUUAUUCCCAGGAAGAAAUCACUGAGCAUCUCCUUUUGCUGUAAUUUGUUGUAAAUAGUUGAUUUUUUUUUUUUUUUUGCUGUCCACAAUGAACUGCAAUCUCUCCGACGCGGCGUUAUCGAUGAAUACGGUUAUUUGAGGCCUCCUCUUGUUGCAGGAAGAGGAUGCUCGACGGUCAUUGUCGAUCAGUGACACAGUCCCACGGCGGUGGCUUGUCACAGUCGUGAUGUGAUUGUGUGUGAGGGGCAUCAACGUCGGUUCCAAUAUUGUAAUCAUGGCCUUCGACGCUUGACUUCAACCACCUGGGAGAACUCAGACUGCACAAGUGUUGCCAAGCCACAAGUGCCUCCGAAUCUGAUUCUGUUUUGUUUUUUUUCUUUUCCUAGAAUAUAGUGUGUUUUUUUCUGUCAAGCAUUUUUUUUAUUUUUUUUUUUACUCUUCUUGUUUUAUUUUAUUUUAUACAUUUUGAAUGUUAUUGAUAAAACACAGAUGUUGCCUGUUUCUGCAAAUAGAAUAAAUCAUCUGCUGCAAAAAGGG